CUUAUAGACAAUCAGGACCCAUCACCGCAAGUUUAUCUAGGCGGCCGUUUCGCCAAUUCAGCCGUUACCCGACGCCGGCAACACAAACAUGAGUAGUCGGUCGUACGCGCUCCGAAAUAGCCGCACCUGCCAACACAGAGCGUGCGCCCUGUACCAGCAAACUCCGCUACUGGUCGCGUAAACCGUGGGACUUUGUACUAUGUCGUGAAAUUAACGCUGUCUAGCGAAUCCGCCGUUCAGUCGUGUUAUGUGAUCAAGUUGCAGUGCUACGAUGAACCUGUCACGGCUACGUUUGAUCACCUUCGACGUGACAAACACCUUGCUGAAGUUCAGAUCGGCUCCGGGCCAGCAAUAUGGUGAGAUCGGCGCAAUGUACGGCGUGCUGUGCGACAGGGACUCGCUGAGCGCGAACUUCAAAGCGCACUGGCGCAAAAUGAACCAGGAACAUCCGAAUUUCGGUCUGAAUUCCGGCUUGGGUUGGGAGAAGUGGUGGCAGAUGAUCGUCAAAGGUACGUUCAAGGAUUCCAGGUUUAAUUUGGACGACAAGAAGUUGGACGCAAUCGCCUCGCAUCUGAUUGAUGUUUACAAAACUUCCGCUUGCUGGCAACCGUGCUACGGCACCCAGGAACUGCUGUCCUUCCUCAGAAACCGGAACGUCACCAUGGGCAUCAUAUCUAACUUCGACCCGAGGCUCGGCGCAACUCUUUCCAACACCAAACUCCGGCACUUCUUCGAGUUCAUCCUCACCUCGUACGAAGUGGGAGUGGAGAAGCCUGACCCGAGGAUCUUCCACAAAGCCAUGGAGGAAUCCAAACUGAAGAAUCUCCAACCUGAUGAGUGUUUGCAUGUGGGUGAUACAACAGCUCUGGACUAUUAUGGUGCUAAAAACAGUGGAUGGCACGGUGUACUCAUAGACGAUAGGAGUGCGGAGUCGAUCCGAAAGAAAUACCCGGACGUUGAUGUUAGUCACGUGUUCCCCAGUUUAUAUGAUCUGCACAAAUAUUUUGUUAAAACUGACAACAAAGACUUGUCGGCUCAGUCUAUUAGAUAAUGACUUAUUGUUGUGUACUCUUCGCAUUUAUUCCUCACAUUAAUUUUAAACUGUAAUGUUGUUGAAGGAAAUGUAACUUAAUAUUUUUAAAUUUGACGUCCUUGUAAACAUUUUUAUACAUAAGUUACCAUGUUAUACAUAAAUAAAUUUGUUACGUUGCUGUGAUGUAUUUCAUUAUAAUCAUGUUUUAUGUAAUAAUAUUUUUGUAUGAACGUAAAUAAAUUAAUUGAUGUAUUUGCUUUCUGUUAA